AUGCAACGCACUCUCUUCACACCCUCGAUUCUCCACCGUGUCGUUCGUCGGCAAUUCUCACAAUCCCGCGCCCAGAAUGCCCUGAGUCCCUUCACACGACGUCUCUUCCAGCUGCCGGCUGCGCCCUCGCCGCCGUCUCUCCACCAUACCGACCUGGCCUCGUUCCUGGCCUACGCGGAGCGGACAGCGCUACCUACCACGAGCACGACGUAUAUCGGGACCGAGUACGAAUACAGUGUUCUGCAGAGUCUACGGCGGUUUGCCUUCACGCUACACCGGGUUGGCGGGCGCGACGAUGCAGGCAUCGACCUCGUGGGCACCUGGCACAUUCCGCGGCUGGAACCCCGGACACCGAUCCGGGUGAUUGUGCAGUGCAAAGCGUUCAAGACGAAACUGGGGCCGAAUCUUGUGCGCGAGCUCGAGGGCGCGUUCCGUGGCUCGCCCUUGGGUUGGCGAACGCGUGAGACGGUAGGCGUGCUGGUGAGCCCGCGCGAAGCCACCAAGGGGGUUCGGGACGCGAUGGCGAGGAGUACGUAUCCGCUGCUUUGGAUGAUGAUGGCCCAGGACGGCACACUACGCCAGGCACUAUGGAACAGGCAUGUCGAGGAGCUGGGGCUGGGGGGAUUGGGCGUCGAGGCCCGCUACACUGCAGAUGAUUCUUCGGAAGCGGCGCACCCCGAGACAAAGCGCCUGGCUUUGACUUGGGAUGGCGAUGACUUGCCGCACAUGGACCAGGUGGAGGCGGUCAUGGCUCGGCGAGAGGCGGAAUGGGUCUCGCGGUGGCAGGAAGAUGACGCCGGCAUGCCCGAGGCAAGCAAGCAUAGACUGCUCGAUAUUCUAGAAGACGCAUACCCUGACCUAACACAUAUCGAUGGGAUCUCUCCAGGAAAGGUCGAGAGGUCUAAGAUCCUGGAGCAGAUGAGAUCUAAUGGGCUUGAGUGA